GUGUAAACAGCAUCCUAGUAACGUUAGCUAGGGCCCCCGCUAAACCACUCCCCGCCACACCAGCAAGGGGUGCUACACAAUUUUUUAAGAAAAACAAAACCAUCAUCUCCUCUCCGUCACUUUCGUGCGACUGCUUCUGCUUUGUUUGUUCCGCACACGGCAGCAGCAGCAGAAGCCGACUGCACACACCAGGGAUGUAUAAAGAGAACUGGAUACAGCUCUGUUCAUUCCUAUGAGAGUUGAAUUUGGUGCAUGAAGCCCAAAAUGGAGCUACUGUAGAUUAAGAAAGUACCCGGAUCAUCCGGGGCCUUUUGUUUACAGAGCGUGCUCACGUGAGUUUCCCUUAAACCCCACCUCCGUUGUCGGCUCAGUCGAAAAAUAACUCUGGAUUUAACAUAUAGCGCAUUUCACAACUUUUACCCCCUAAUGAUUUAAAUAAGGGCUAUGCAAUUGUUCGUACUGUGUAUUUUAUUUAGAUAAAAAAAAUAUAUAUACGGUGAUUUACAGACGUCUCUUUGGGACAAAAUUACGUCACUGAAGGUGUAGUACCACUGGUUGGCCACUACGGCCAUUCCAAAAAUCGGCUUCAACGACCGGCGCACUUCCUGUGGCUCGCUGCACACACCCACUUUUUAUACCGAUACUUUCAACCAUGUACAAACCAUCUGGCGAGUUGUUGUGCUCAGCCACUCGGUCUACCAUGGCCAAGCCGAGUGAUCUAAAGAUGUUCCUGGAGUCUUCUCUGAAUGAGAUCUUCAAAUCCACAGUGAGCGACAUCCUGGAUUCAGUGGACAGGACCCUGUCCGAGUACCAGGGCACAAUACACAGGCUCGAGUCCGAAAACGAGGGCCAGAAGAGGCUGCUGUUAGCACAGAGGAGCACCGAGUCUGCUGCUAGAGAUCCUCGUGAACAAGAUGCCACUGAAAAGUUUUCCUCUUCAGAAUGGAACGAUUAUCCCUUCGGCUCGACGCAGGGCACGUUCAAGAUGUCCAUAUGCAGCAGUGACAAGAAGAGCUUCAGGAGGAAGCAGAAAGACAAGACGAGGGAGAACACAUCCUCUUCCUCCUUUUUACUGCAGCCUGAUCAUAUGGAAGAAACACAAUGUGUGAGCACAGCCGAUGUAGGCAUUAUCAUACAAAACGUGUUAUCUGUUAAAACAGAGCCUGGCCUGGAUGAAAGUGGUGCUAUUGACCUCUCCCAGCCUUCAUCCCUGCUCAAUCUAACAAUGAAAACCGAGAGCACGGAAGUCAAUAUUAGCAGUCAUGAUGCAUAUGCGCCUAUGCCGCCAUCUACAGGCCUCGAACAAGACUCCAGAGGAAGUGACAGUGAAGUUAAAGUCACCAUUGUUUCUGACACCUACAUGCAGGAUGGACAAUUAAUAAAGACUGAGGAGGAGCAGAAUGGGGUGUCACAGUAUGAUGGUGACAAUUUACUUUUGAAGCAGGCGUUGAGGUAUAACCCUGAAUCAGAAAUAGACCCUGAGGCGGCGGUUACACAGGUUGUGGAGCCAGAAGUAGAGUCACAUGAGGAAAACGCUGCAGUUCCUGAACUUUUAGAGGUUCCUGAUAACUUCUUACGCUGUCCUACUUGUCCCAAAACAUUUAGUCGAGCCUCCUCUCUCAACAUCCACAUCAAGACACACAGCGCUGAGAAAGCUCACAUCUGCAGCUACUGCGGCAAGCGCUUUGGACGAGCUGAUCUCCUCAGGUCCCACAAGCGUAUCCACACAGGAGAGAGACCCUACUGCUGCAACAUCUGCAGCAAGACGUAUGCCCACCCCAGUCAGCUCAGGAUACACAAACGUGUGCACACCGGAGAGAAACCCUACUCGUGCUCGCACUGCGGGAAGCGCUUCAACGAGCACAACCAGCUCAAAGUCCACCUGCGGACUCACACCGGGGAGAGACCUUACAGCUGCCAGGAGUGCGGCAAGACGUUCAGCAAUGCAGGUAACCUUCGAAUACACCAGAGGAUUCACACCGGGGAGAAGCCGUACUGCUGCGCUCAGUGUGGGAAAUGCUUCAAUGGCUUAGGGGACCUUAAAACCCACUACAGGAUCCACACUGGAGAGAGGCCCUACAGCUGCGAGCUCUGCAAGAAGACCUUCAGCCAGGCGGGCCACCUCACCAUUCACAUGCGCAUGCACACGGGAGAGAGGCCGUACAGCUGCAACGAGUGCGGCAAGAAGUUCACGGUGGCCAGCAGCCUCAAACUGCACCAGAGGACUCACACCGGAGAGAAGGAGUACAGCUGCUCGUUCUGCAGCAAGAGCUUCAGCAGGUCGGGACACCUGAAGAGACACGAGCUGGUGCACACCAAAGAGAAGGUGUUCCUCUGCAGCCAGUGUGGUAAGACCUACACCGACCAGUCGUCCCUCAAGAAGCACCUGAAGGUGCAUGCGAUCAAGGAGCAGAAGGCUCAGAGCGAGGGAAGCACCAGUGAGACAGAAACAAACCAACCUGCAGCCUCAGAGACGCUAUCAGACACUGAUAGAAGUUAGAACUAAAGGGCCAAUAGAAGAGACUAAUAUAAAAGCUGAGAAAGAUCAAGAGACAAGGUUACUCUGAUACAGAAAUACAUCUCACAGCCUACGUCAUAUGAGUAUCACUGCUUUAUCUGUUUAUAGAUGAUUUAGUUUUCAACUGCUACCUAAACUGGACCUCCUGGAUUGUAUUUCGUCUAUCUGGUACCUUAAACAACGCACUGCAGGAGAGCUGACAUUUUGCAGGGCAGUUGAUGUGUGCUCUGGUUCAAAGCACCAGAAAAACGUUUAAAGGUCCCAUUUUUUUUUUUUUUAUGACAUGCUUCUCUGGUUAUUACCACGAGUAUAGUGACGUAACGGCUCCUCACACACACACUCAGCCUUAUCUUUUCUCAGGCUGAGUUCCGCGGUGUCUCGCU